AUGGUGAAAAAAGCUAAUGGUUCAUGGAGAAUGUGUGUCGACUAUACAGACCUUAACAAAGCUUGCCCGAAGGAUAGUUUUCCUCUCCCGCGCAUAGAUCAACUUGUUGAUGCCACGUCUGGACAUCAGAUGCUAAGCUUUAUGGAUGCAUACUCAGGAUACAAUCAAAUAAGGAUGAACCCAAUGGACGAGGAGGCCACCUCUUUUCAAACAGAUAAGGGCUUAUACUGUUAUCAGGUGAUGUCAUUCGGGUUAAAAAAUGCUGGUGCAACUUAUCAACGACUCAUGAAUAAGGUCUUCAAAAACCUUCUCGGGCGUACAAUGGAGGUUUAUGUUGAUGACAUGUUAGUAAAAAGUUUGGAAGCAUCCCAACACAUUUCUCAUCUAGAGGAAUGUUUCCAACUCCUUCGUCAGUAUAAUUUACGACUUAACCCGACUAAAUGUGCUUUUGGGGUCACAUCAGGGAAGUUUCUGGGAUUUAUGGUUACCCAUCGUGGGAUUGAAGCAAACCCAGAAAAAAUCAAGGCGUUGAAAGAAAUGGUGCCUCCAAGGAAUAUCAAGGAGGUGCAACGACUGAAUGCUCGUAUAGCCGCCCUAUCCCGAUUCUUAGCUCGUUCUGGAGAUAAGUAUCUACCUUUCUUCAAAAUAUUAAGAGGAGCACGGAACACUGGUUUUCAAUGGACAGAUGACUGUCAGAUCGCUUUCGAACAACUUAAGACAUAUCUGGCUUCACCGCCCCUUCUCUCAAAACCCAUCCAAGGGGAAAUGUUAUUUAUUUAUUUGGCUAUUUCACUUAAUGCAAUAAGCUCUGUCCUAGUCAGAAUAGAAAACACAAUCAAGAAACCAGUAUAUUACGUCAGUAAAGUUCUCUCUGAUACAGAAAGUUGCUAUCUAAUGGCGGACAAGACUGCACUAGCCCUGGUAUUCUUAGCAAGGAGGCUCCGUCCUUACUUUCAGGCUCACACUAUUGGCGUUUACACGCGACUCCCUUUGAAGGCAAUCCUACAAAAACCAGAAGCAUCAAGAAGAUUAGUUAAAUGGUCAGUAGAAUUGGGAGAAUUUGACAUCCACUAUUUACCGCGACCAAACAUCAAAUCACAGGUGUUAGCCGACUUUGUGGUAGAAUGUGCAGUGCCUACCACUGAUGAACCACCCUCUUCUCUUCUACAAUCACCUCAGUGGACACUAUAUGUAGACGGAGCAUCUGGAAACUCAGGAGCUGCGCUUGUCGCCGGAUUAACGCUUGUCAUCAACUGUGAAGUACGAAAUAUGAUUAUCUACACCGAUUCUCAACUCGUUGCAUCCCAAGUGGAAGGAGAAUUUGACGCUCAUAACUCACAACUGGUGCAAUAUCUCAGUCUUGUAAGAACACUUCUCGCCCAAAUUGACACAUGUCAACUCGUUCAUAUACUUCGGGAGCAUAACACCCGAGUUGAUGCCCUCUCCAAGCUUGCAACUUCAACAACUGGAGAUCUCUAUAAAAGAAGGUAUAUUGAAGAGAUACAUUUUCCUAGCAUUCAUGGCCCAUGGGAGAUACUGACUAUAGAUGACCCAAGGGAGUCAUCUUGGAUGGAUCCCAUCAUCUCUUUCCUCCAAGACGGAACACUGCCAGAUGAUGCUACGACAUCAAUUCGCAUUCGACGCAUGGCGGACAACUUCAUCCUUAUAGGGGAUGAACUCUACAAGAAGGCAUUUGUAGGUCUAUAUCUCAAGUGUCUUCCUCCAUCUGAAGCUGAUUAUGCUCUACGAGAAGUUCGUUCCGGAAUAUGCGGGGAGCAUCUUGGUGGCAGAGCACUUGAUCUUAAGAUAAUGAGGCAAGGCUUCUACUGGCACACGAUCAAGCAAGAUGCAUUAGAGUUUGCUGGGGGGCAAUGGGUAGAAGAGCUGCACAACGUCCUUUGGGCCUAUCGCACAACUUCGCGUACUCCAACUGGAGAAACUCCAUAUAACCUGUGUUUCGGCACCGAGGCUGUCAUUCCCGUUGAUAUCGGAAUUCCAAACCCCCGAGUCAAGACUUUCGACUCGAAAAGCAAUGAAGAAAAGCUCCGACAACAGUUGGAUCUUCUCCCGGAAAUACGCGAUGUGUCCCACCUCAGAGCUGCUUCCUACCGCCAAAGAGUUGCUCGCUACUUCAACCGAAGAGUCAAACCUCGACCGAUCUCCGUCGGUGACCUGGUCUUGCGUAGCAUUGAAGCCGCCGGUCAUGGUCCCCAACGCAAUAAACUAUCUCCUCUCUGGGAAGGCCCAUAUAUCGUGGCUACCAUGAUCAAGCCUGGAACCUUCAAACUCAAGGAUUCAGAUGGGAAAAUUCUGCCCCGGACUUGGAAUGCAGAAAAUCUUCGCAAGUAUUAUCAGUAA